AUGUGGAAACCAGAGCUUAACUACAUCACCCUGCAUUAUGCAUGGAUCAUCUUUGCCGGCCUCCUCGCCCUGGUGGUCAUCUACCCUUACGGCAAUAUCUCUGCCAUGGACGCCUGGUUCUUCGGCGCCAGUGCAUCCACCGAGUCGGGCCUCAACACUGUCGACAUAAAGGAUCUGAAAACCUACCAGCAAGUGUACACCUACGUGAUCCCCAUCAUCACCAACCUCGGCUUUAUCAACAUCAUCGUCAUCACUGUCCGCCUCCGCUGGUUCGAGAAGCGCUUCAAAGCAGUUGCGUCAUCCUCCAAGCUGAGUGGACGCUCAGAGGACAUUGAAGUCCAAAUUCAGGCGGCAGUACCGGAGAGACCCAAGGACCAAAGUUCCAAUACCGAACCGGCCGAACAAAACCCAACACACGAAAAGCCUAAGGCAGAUGAGCUCGUGGAAACUGCCUCCUCGGGGCCCCAAGGGCCCCGCGUCACCUUUGGGGAAGACGUAAAGGAGCCUCGCGCGGAUUCGACUUUGUAUAUUCCACCGCCGAGAGAGCGUGAUGACGGUACUAAAGCCUGCUUAUCGUGGCGCAAUCGACGUUUAACUGACUGGAACCAUGCAGGGCAUUCUUUUGUUGAGAGGAACCACGUUGCAGAUGAAGAAGACGGUAACGAGGCUGGCUCCGGCCAUGAUUUAAAAGGCUCGCCUGCUAACAUGCCCUUGCCAGACGAGGACGCCAUCAAGCCUGCCAUGCCCGGGGGUGUUUCCAGAAGACGAGGAUAUCAGCACGAGGACGAGCCCAGCAUGUCGCGCAGCAGAACCGUGGAACAGGCUGUCACCUCCCUCUUCGUCCUCGGUAAAACCGUGACGGGGUCUUCAAGACAAUCAGCGCCGACUCUGACUUCACACCCUGCCGAGAUGCCGUAUCUUUCCAAACAGGCAACGCUUGGAAGAAACUCGAGCUUCCACAGACUGACCGCCCAAGAUCGGGAACGGCUUGGCGGCAUCGAGUAUCGAGCCUUGAAGUUGCUACAGAAGAUUGUCACUGAGUGCGCGCAGGACAAGACUUGGUGGGCCUUUUACUCGGCCCAGACCAUGGUGAACAACCUCGGUUUCACCCUAACCCCCGACUCGAUGAUUACAUUCAGAGACGCCACUUGGCCCAUGCUGGUCACCAGCUUCCUCGCCUACGGGGGAGAGACCUUCUACCCGGUCUUCAUGCGCCUCAUUAUCUGGAUCAUGUCCAAGCUUGUGCCGAAGCAGUCGUCCCUAAAAGAACCGCUCCAGUUUCUACUGAACCACCCGCGGCGGUGCUCCAUGCUCCUUUUCCCCAGCCGGCCGACCUGGAUCCUCUUCGGCAUCUUGUUCGCCAUGAACUUUGUCGACGUGCUCCUGAUUAUCGUUUCGGAUCUCGACAACCCUGCGGUCAACGUGCUGCCGAUGGGCCCGCGCAUCCUGGCCGCACUGUUCCAGGCGGCCUCGGCUCGGCACACGGGCACGGCCGCCUUCAACCUCGCCGAGGUCAACCCGGGCGUGCAGUUUACCCUGGUGGUGAUGAUGUACAUUGCCAUCUUCCCGAUUGCCAUCAGCAUCCGGGCGUCAAACACGUACGAAGAAAGGUCGCUGGGCAUUUACGAGCAGCAAGUGGCACUGGACGAGUCCAACGGCAAGUCGUAUGUCAUGAUGCAUAUUCGAAACCAACUCAGUUUCGACCUGUGGUACAUCUUCCUCGGCACCUUCUGGAUCUGCUUCGCCGAGGCUCCCAGGAUCAUGGACAACAAUGAUCCUGCCUUUUCGGUCUUCUCCAUCAUGUUCGAGGUCGUCUCAGCAUACGCCAACGUCGGCCUCUCUCUCGGCCACCCUUCCGUGUCGACGUCCCUCAGCGGGAAGUUUACAACCGCCAGCAAGGUCGCCAUCUGCGCCAUGAUGAUCCGCGGCCGUCAUCGCGGCCUCCCAUAUGCCGUGGACCGCGCUGUGCUCCUGCCGGGUGAGCCCGAGUACCGGGGUUUCGCCGGCCACGGCGGCGGUCCGGCGGAGGGGGGUGGGGGCGCGUCGUUGCCAAAGGGACGGCGGGCUGCCAGUCGGGAGUUGUCGCGAGGUGAAUAA